CAGUUUUGAAAACCCACGGUUGAAUCUUGAGUUAUUUGGGUUUUUUGUUUAAAACCCUAGAGAGUGUUCUUCUGAAUUUUUGAAGAAACUAUGAAUAAUGUGGCCACUUAGGAGAAAAAUCUCGUGUUUAAGCUAACAAGGAGGGGGGAAAUUACCCAAUAUACCCUUAAUGAAAUGGAAUAAAAUAUAACUGGGAGCCCGAUUUUAUGGGCCACCGCGACGCGCCACUAUUGCGGUGGCUCACUGGGAAUUGACGAAUGGGAUUCUUGGGGUCACCGCGAUGCGAAGCUAUCACGUUGUCCCACUGGUUGGGACCUGGAAAUUUAGCGCGACAUACCAUAAUCACGCUAGGCUACUGGGAUUUGACAAUUGUUAAAUAGACCACCUCUGCGACGCGCCAAGCACCAAAAUGAUGGUGUUUUACGAUUAGGACUUAAAUUAGCCAUAACAUCUUGCACGGGUAUUGGAUUUGGGCGAAUCUUAUAUCGACGGAAAGCUCAUUCAAUUUUCCACACUACAUAAUUGAUUAACAUCAAAAAUUUGCGUAAGAUUUAUGGAUUUUAGAUCAUCUAUGCAUAGAAAUAAUGUUUUUCAUUCUAGCUAGAAAUGCAAGGUGUUACAGAUGACCUGCUAGAUGAGCUUCAAGAUUCAAUAAUUUUUUCUAAGGUAGACUUGAGAGCUGGUUACCAUUAAAUUAGGAUGAAGGUGGAAGGUGCUCUUAAAACUUUAUUUAGGACUCGCAUGGGUCAUUAUGAGUUAAAGGUCAUGCCCUUUGGGCUAACCAAUGUACUAACUAUCUUUCAAACUUUGAUGAAUCAGGUAUUUCAAACCUACUCAGAAUAUCUUCGUCACAUAAUAUCUGAAGUGGAGUAGCAACUGAUCCCAGCAAAAUUCAAGCCAUGUUGAAUUGGCCAAGACCAACCACCAUCAGAGCACUGAGGGGCUUUCUUGGCCUAACUGGUUACUAUAGAAAAUAUGUAAAGAAUUAUGAAAGCAGGCCUCUUAUUGAGUUACUGAAGAAGGAUUCCUUCCAUUGGAAUGAAGAUUCUACCUUAUCUUUUGAGACAUUGAAGAGGUUUAUGUCCAACACCCUUGUACUAGCAUUACCUGACUACUCAAGAGAAUUUACUAUAGAAACAGAUGUCAUCCAAGGUGGGAUUGAUGCAGUGUUGAUGUAGGGUGAUAGGCCAAUUGCCUAUUUCAAUAAAGUGUCAUCUCUCAAACACAGAGGUAGAUCCAUUUAUGAGAAAAAAUAUAUGGCUCUUCUAAGUGUUAUGGAUAAAUAGAGGCACUACCUCCAGUACAAGCAUUUCACUGUCAAGACAGACCAUCAUAGGUUGAAGUUUCUAUGGGAGCAGAAGAUCACCACAGCCAUACAACAAAAGAGUCUCAUAAAGAUGUUGCGCCUAGACUAUUCAGUGCAAUACAAAAAAAGAGUUGAGAAUAAAGUAGUUGAUGCCUUAUCUAGGCAAUUUGAAGUGGAUAAAGGGCAAGAACUCAGCCUUAUAGAGGAAGGGCAGUUCAAAGCUAUCAGUAUGAUAGAGCUGAAGUGGAUGAUUAAAAUAAGUAACAGCUAUGAAGGAGAUGUACUAGCUGAGGAAAUGAUUGCUGAAGCUACAACUAACUAACUAGGGCCUCAUCUCUAUCAUUAUUCUUUUGGAGUUUUAAGAAAAAAAGGGAAGUUUUAUAUUGGUACGACUGGUGAACUGAGGCAACAAUUGAUUUCUACUUUCCAUGACUCACCAGUAGGUGGUUAUUCGCGGCAAGUAGGCACUUUCAGGAGACUAUCUCUUGUCUUUUGUUGGCCAGGAAUGAGACAAAUGGUAAAUGACUAUGUAGCUGCUUGUGAAGUCUGCUAGAGGAACAAAGGUGAGCAUGUGCACUACCCUGGGCUCUUACAACCCUUAUCCAUCCUUGAUCAAGCAUGGAGGCAUAUUACAAUGAACUUUAUUGGUGAUUUGCCUAAGUCUUAAGGCAAGGACACUAUUUUGGUUAUUGUGGACAGAAGAAGUAAAUUUUCUUACUUCAUGACUUUGUUUCAUCCUUAUGCAGUGGUGACUAUGGCUUAUGAGUUCUUCAAACAUAUUUAUAGCUUACAUGGUUUACCUGAGUCUAUUGUCAAUGAAAAAUAUAGGUUGUUUCUCAAUAACUUUUGGCAAUCUCUAUUUAGAGUACUGGGUACUCAAUUACAUUACAAUACUACAUACCAUCCUCGAUGAUAUGAUCUGAAUCGGCCUUAAAGCUUUUGACUACAUCUUUCGAGGCCAAUACAAAGAGGCCCAAGCCAUGAUUAAGCCAAGAACUCAAGGAUGCAUUCAGAGGACCCCUUUUAGGCUCCUAAACUCACAAUUCUACGUGUGGAUAAUUGUGAGGAGCUUGGAGCAUGCUUUGAAGAGGCCAUGUGGCUAAAAUAGCCACUUUUGGGGUAUUUUUGUGAUAGGCUAUUUUAGGCAAAGACAAACACUAUAAAUAAAUUCCUUAGUCAUUUCAUUUGGAACUUUUAAUGAUAUUUGAAUGAAUACUCUUAUGAGUGAAUUGCAAGCUUGGAUUAGCUUGUGUUGAUACCUUUGUUUAGAAACGUGGGUUGCUUGGGAAUCCGAAUCCCUUGAGGCUCACAUAAGAAAUUGGUGUUUGAAUUUUUUGAAGUUAGGGGUCUUCGAGUUUGAUACACCCAUUGGUUCUUAAUUCUUAGUAGUUUCUUAUGUCAAUUUACCUAUCUUCUAUUCUUGCAUCUUCUAUCCUUAGUUUUCUUAACUUAUUUCAGUUUUAGUAUCUCGAUCUGUAUCAUUUGAUAUCAGAGCCGAGCUUGAUUUCGUUCCUAUAAAGUAAAUCUUGGAUUUAUUAUCUUGAAAAUCCACAAAAAAAGAAGUGUCAAAACUGAAAAAUUCAAAAAAAAAAGUCGUAUUCCAUUUUUACCCCUAGACUGAGACUAUGAAUCUUGGAAUUUUUGUGUCUUUUGUGUUUUUCUAGUGUUAGAUCUUUGUUCCCUAACACUAAUAGAGUCUACAUCUCAAAUUUGAGCUUAUUCUGGGUUGAUUUAUCCACCAUUGUUGAGCUUGAGUAAAAGAAACUUGAAGGUGGGAUCUCAAAUUUGGAAGGUUGUUAGGUUUUGUACUUGAAGACGUGCUGGUUGUGUUUGGGAGUUCAACAUGAUCUUGGAAUUUCAAAAAUCAUCAAAUUCCGAGGUCAUUUGCUUAAGGGUCAACUUUAAAUGUUCUUAGUGUUCUGCAUAAUCUUCAUAUAUUGUUGAAGAAGAACAUUCAAAACGUGAGUGUUUCAUAUAAAAGAGAGGUGAGAGAGCGUGUGGUACUUAUUUGUCCAAAGAAUAUCCCUAGUCUUCCAAAGAAAUAAAGAAUUCAAAAACCAUCAAAAGGAAAUAUUCUCAAAGAAGAAGACAAGGGAAAGUACAAGGAGGGGACCACAAGAAAAUUUAAACUCUCUUGAGCUUGAUAGAACAAUUGAAGAGUCCAAUUCUUUGUAUUUUUCCACCCAAAACCGAUUACCACACCUCCAAAAUGAAGAUUGAUUGAAUACAAAUUAGAAACAAGUAAUUUCCCAAAACGUCAACCAACAUUCAAUGUCAUUUUUUAGGCAGCCACAUCACUCAACCCGAACAAUUGCCUUAAGCUCAAAUUUAGAUUCUUAGUUUCUUUUAUUUGAUUCUUAGUUUCCCUUUCUUGAUUCUAAAUGAUAAUUAACAACUAGUAAUCACCUACUUAAUUAUGAAUUAGUUCUUUGAAUACGUUUCUUUUGUCGUCUCUUUUACUUGUGUGUUUUUCUCAUUUUUGAUUCAUCGCAAAUUUUUUUGGCUCAAGUUCGUACAAGAUUUUCUUGAGACCUUCAAACAAGAAUACAUUCUAACCUCAAGCCACAAUUGGUACCAAGUCAUCUCAUUGGAGUACAAACGACCUAUCAGCGCUUGCGACGCCAAUUGAGUGACAAUCAAAGGUAUAAUGGCGGAUGAAGGUGAGAUGCCUAGUUGCGCUAGUUCUUUCAUGGAAAGGCUUAUUGAUACUAUGGAUAGCCGAUUGGUAUCUUUUGAAGAAAGAAUGAAAGGAAGAAUGGAAGGGAUGGAAGGAUCUCUCUCAAGGAGGAUGGACAAUAUGAUAGAUCGUCUAAGCUUCCCUACCUCCAACCUUCUCAAUCCACCAAAUUAUCAAGCUCCCUUGAGUCGACAUGCUCCAAAUGAACUUCAAGGUAACAAAGCUAACUCUUUCACUCUAGUGAAUGAGGCUAGUAGCCAACUAAGUGUGAAUGAUAGAUUAUUUUUAGGUGAUCCUAAUGUCUCUUUACUUCAUAAUGAUAAUAUACAACUUUGGAGUGUGGGUACACUAGUUGAUCCUAAUGAUGAAAAAAUUGAUUCUUCUAGCAAGAUCGAUUUGUGUCCACCUAGUGUUGAAGCCAUUAGUGCAUUGUCUUGUGAAAGUCACAAGUACCAACUUGUGUAUGAACUUAGCCCAUUACUUGGGAAUGUUUGUGAAGUUUUUAAAAGACCUCAAGUGAAUGGUAAUGUUGAAAAUGUUGGUCGAUUGAAUGGGAGUGACCCUCUAAUUUCUUUUGUUGUUGAUCAUGCUAGUAUAGAGGAAACAUAUGAUUGUAUUAGUGGUAAUCUUGGAGGAAGAAAAUAUUUCCUAAACCCAUGUACAUGUACAUUCUACCCUUUUGAUCCCGGUGAUCAUUUGAAAUAUGAUGGUUCUUCUCCACACCACUUGGUGCUUGGGCAAGAAGACAAGCCGACCAUGGGUGAGGGUGUUGGAACUUAUCCCUAUGAUGUAAAGUAUUUAUUGAAGAUUUAUAAUCUACUUGAGAGGCCAAAGUUGUGUAAGGGAAGGGUUUCCAACAAAAAUAAAAAUCAUAGAGGGGUUUGGUUCUCAUUGAGAUUUGGAACUCAUGGGAACCUUCAUGAGCGGUUGAUUGACUACCAUGGUUCCUCUAACAUACCCCUUUGUCCAAACCUCUUGAAUGACCAAGUAGUUCUUACUUUUUGGGGUUAUACACCUUUGAUUGAUCAUUUUGAUUCUUGGUUAUAUCUUAAGUGUGUGCAACCUUGGCAUGAUGUUAUACUUGAUUAUACUAACUCUAACCCUCAUGCCAUGAGGACGAAUCAUUUUCAAGAAGGGGAAGAUGAUACGAUCCGGAUCAGUCUUAAAGCUUUUGACUAUAUCUUCUGAGGCCAAUACAAAGAGGUCCAAGCCAUGAUCAAGCCAAUAGCUCAAGGAUUUAUUUGGUGGACCUCUUUUAGGAUCCUAAGCCCACAAUUCAUGUGUUGAUAAUUUCUUGGAGCUAGGAGCAUGCUUUGAAGAGCCCAUGUGGGUUAUUUCCAAAAUAGCCACUUUUGGGCUAUUUUUGCAAUAGGCUAUUUUAGGCAAAGGCAAACACUAUAAAUAGACGCCUUAGUCAUUUCAUUUGGAACUUUUGAUGAUAUUCGAAUGAAUGCUCUUAGGAGUGAAUUGCUAGCUUGUGUUGAUACCUUUGUUUAGAAAUGUGGGUUGCUUGGGAAUUCGAUUCCUUUGAGGUUCACGUAAGAAAUUGGUGUUUGAAUCUAUUGAAUUUAGGGGUCUUGGGGUUUGAUACACCCAUUGGUUCUUAAUUCAUAGUAGUUUCUUAUGUCAAUUUACCUAUCUUCUAUUAUUGCAUCUUAUAUCCUUAGUUUCCUUAGCUUAUUUCGAUUUUAGUAUCUUGAUCCAUAUUAUUUGGUAUCAUAGCAGAGCUUGAUUUCAUUCCUACGAAGUCAAUCUUGGGUUUGUUAUCUUGAAAAUCCACAAAAAAAGAAGUGUCAAAACUGAAAAAUUCAAAAAAAAAGUCAUAUUCCAUUUUUACCCCUAGGUUGAGACUUUGAAUCUUGGAAUUUUUAUGUCUUUUGUGUGUUUUUAGUAUUAGGUCCUUGUUCCCUAACACUAAUAGAGUCUAGAUGUCACGCCUCAAAUCCUAUUGGGGCGGACUAGCACCCGUAACCAAGGAGGCCCGAG